AUGCUGCAGGAACAGGCUCGCCGACAGGAGGAACAGGCUCACCGACAGGAGGAACAGGCUCGUCGACAGGAGGAACAGAUCCGUCAGUUGAAAGAGCAGCUGCAGAGCGGACAAGAGGAACAGGCCCGCCGACAGGAGGAACAGAUGCUCCUCAUGAAGGACCUUCACGCUACCUUUGGGAAAGAGAUAAGGGAGGUGAAGGAUAGGGUUGCUCAACAUAACAACCGCCUGUCGGAAACUGAAACCCGAAUCGAAGAACAUGAAACCCGAAUCAACCAUGUGAACAAUCGGGUUGACAACGUGAUGGCUGACGUGAAGAAAACGCUAAACGACCUCAAACUUGGGGAUGGAACUACAGGUCCCGUAGUAGCUACAGCACCUUCGCUACGUGGAUUCAAAGUGCCGCCGUUCGACGGGACUUCUUCCUGGUCGGCCUACAAAAUCCAGUUCGAGGCCGCCAUGGAGGCAAACGGUUGGAAUAAAAGCCAGGCCACGACUGCACUCACCUUAGGCCUGCGCGACCAAGCCUUAACCGUGUUGGAAGCUCUCGGUAAGAAAGUGAUCUACGAGCUACUACAGAUCUACUACGCUCACCUAGAACACGUCUUUCGCGCGCAGCUUAAAGAUCGCGUGCAACGCAGCAACGAAAAUCUGCAGCAGUGGGCCCUUGAGGUGGAGAAGAUGGUUCGAAAAGCAUACCAGUCUGUACCUGCGCUCAUUGAAGGGAACCUGGUGAACAUUCACCGACGGCAUCCGCGAUCUUGA